UUUUACUUUUAACAUUACCGGAACCCACCUUCCCUCGCCCAAAAAAAAAGAGCUCGUGCUUUUGCAAAGCCGCCUCUCUAUAGAUAUACGAGUACUGUAGUACAUGAUAUCGUCGCCUUCAAUCCUCAAAGAAAAUACAGCGCCUGGUCGCAAAUCAUAUACUAUACACACCAAUUUUGCACCGAUUUUCCAAUUGCUUCUUCAAUUUUAUGGGUUAUUGCAGCUAAUAAUUUGCCCUGGUUUAUCUGAUCUAUCGCGAAUCCGAGGUUUCACUUAUACCAGGGGUAUUAUAUACGCUAAAGGAAUAAAUAUCCCAUCAGCUCCCACAGGAUGCAACUGUCGUGGUUCUUGUCUUAAUCCAAGAAUUUGUUCUUGUGCUAAACUCAAUGGUUCUGAUUUUCCCUAUGUUCAUAAAGAUGGUGGUAGACUCAUCGAGCCAAAGGCUGGUGUUUUUGAGUGUGGUCCAAAUUGUGGGUGCGGACCUGCCUAUGUCAACCACACUUCUCAGAAAGGAUUGAGAUAUCGGCUUGUGGUUCUUUCACUUGUUCAUUAGCCAGAUUUCAGAUUCUUCUAUUCAUAUGAGUGUUGCAUAUUCAUUUCUGAGGUUGUUUCUAUAUCAACGGGCAGUUUUUUCGUACUCCAAACAAGGGAUGGGGUGUGAGAUCAUGGGAUUAUAUUCCUUAUGGAGCAACCAUAUAUGAAUACAUUGGUCUUUUGAAGAGGACAGAUCAGAUUGACCCUGCAGCAGAUAACAACUAUGUUUUUGACAUUGACUGCUUGCAAAUAAUGAAAGGGCUUGAUGGGAGGGAGGCAAGUAUCCUGUUAUUUUAUCGCCCAAAUUUCCAUUUCUUGUUCUCUUAUGUCAUAUACAGGUCUUCUAGGUUUAGCCGAAUGGCGCCUCCAAAACUACUAUUUUCUCCUGGACUUGAUAUAAGAUUUAGCUGUGUACAAAUUAUCCAACUUUUGCACUCUCUGAUAGUUUUGGCUGUUGCAGUUUUCCCAGAGAUCAGGCAUCAUGACAAUAGCGCUAUUCUCCCAUUUGGGCUUUGGUUUCUUUGUUUUGUUUUCUUAUCCACUUUAUUUUAUUUUGUUGUUCUACAGAGACGGCUGGGUGAGGUUUCUGUCGGGAAACUGGCCGAAGGAUGUUGAGAUGACGUCUGAUGGAGGGCCAGAGUAUUGCAUUGAUGCUAUCUCUGUGGGAAAUGUUUCGAGGUUUAUUAAUCAUAGGGCCUAGGUAGUCGGAUAAAGCCAACAAGACAUCUAUAUUAAUAGUAUUAGUUAAUAGAGAAUGCCAAUUUUAUUUUUUCCAUGAAGUAUUUGUGUAAACAAUGACAUGACUAAUGUGUGUGUAUAUAUAUGGUGUUUUUAUGUAUAUAUGAAAGCAAAUAAUGGUAAUUUUAGAGACCAA